AUGCGUGAUGAAGAUAUGCACACUAACCUAAGAGAUAUGGUUGUUGAUUUAGCCAAUAAAACCGACAAAAUAUAUGUAGAUGAAGAAUUAAAUCGUUAUGAUACAAAAGCAAUGAGUUAUACAGAAGAAGCAAAGGAAUGGGUAGAUGAAAAUUAUGUGAAGAAGUCAGAAGUAAAUGAUGCGGUUAAUGGAAAAGCAGACAAAAACCAUACGCAUGAAGAAUUUCAAACAAUCAGGAUUAAAGAAAUUAAUGCAUACAUUGAAGAAGUAACAAAAACAGGAAGAGACGGUACACCUUUAGUUGAACAAAAUAUUUAUCCUCCUACUUUUCCUAAUGGUUUAAUAACAAACAAUAUAAAUAUUGUAGACGGCGAUGGAUUUAUAAAUGUUAAACAUGAACUUCAAACAAUGAAGACUCAGAUUCUUGAAACCAUAUAUCCUAUAGGCUCUAUUUAUACGUCAAUGAACUCAACAAAUCCGGCAAGUGUUUUAGGUUUUGGUACAUGGCAACAGAUUGUAGAUAAAUUCCUCUAUUGUGCUAACUCUUCAAAGCAAACAGGAGGUUCAAAGAAAAUUUUAGAAGCAAAUCUUCCACCACAUAAGCACACAGGAACUACAAACUUUUCUGGCGAUCAUAGCCACUCAUUAAGAGACCACCCAUUAUACAACUCAGACUAUGAAGCUGGCAAUGACGUUUUAUCUCCAUCUUAUAACAAUUCAGCAAAAAAGACUUUUCGACCAACUGAACCAGGAGGAAAUCAUUCACACACUUUCACAACAAAUCCAACAGGAAGUGGUGCAGAUUAUAUGCCACCAUUUAUGACUGUAUUCGCAUGGUACCGCGUUCAAUGA